CUUUUCCUUCUCUUCCCCUCCUUUGUUAUACUCUGCUGGAUGUGAAGGCAUUCCAGUUUCCACAAAUGGAGCCCUUGGAAGACGAUGAUCUCCAGCCUCUUGGAUCCGAACACGAACUGGAUUCUACAGGCUCCGGCGUUUCCUCAAUACUCGGCACUGAAGACGCUCGCAGCACCACUAGCUCCGGCGGUGACAUAUCCGUCACUAGCAGCAGCUCCGGCGAGUAUCUCGCUGCCGUUGUAGCAGAGGCCGUGGUUCCGCGGAUGGAGAAUCCUACUCCUGCAAGCUACAGCGGCGGAAGCGGAGGGGAGACGACGGUGACUGUAGCGGCGAGAGAGAAGUGUGUGGGGAGGAACAACAAGGGAGUGACCUGGGGGUUCACUUCGGUGAUUGGGAGACGGAGAGAGAUGGAGGACGCCGUGGCAGUUGUCCCGGGGUUCAUGUCUCGCACGUGCGAUCACGUCGGCGGUUGUACGGCACCAGCUUCGAGAACCUCCACAGAGAUCUCCCCCGUCCAUUUCUUCGGCGUUUACGACGGCCAUGGUGGCUCUCAGGUAGUGGCUAAAUUUUGUGCUGAGAGGAUGCAUGAAAUGGUAGUGAAGGAGUGGGACCGGGAAGCAGUUGACGGAUAUGAAUGGCGUAGGAGAUGGGAAGUGGCAUUUUCUAGUGGUUUUGAGAGGGCCGACAAUGUGGUUAUGACAGAGGAGGUGGCACCAGAAAUGGUUGGUUCAACUGCUGUCGUGGUGGUUCUAUCAGGUUGCCAGAUUAUCACAUCCAAUUGUGGUGACUCAAGGGCAGUGCUCUGCCGAGGGACUCAAACAAUCCCCUUAACUGUUGAUCAGAAGCCUGAUAGAGAAGAUGAACUCAGACGAAUUGAAGGAGAGGGAGGGAAAGUCAUAAACUGGAACGGUGCUAGGGUUUUCGGAGUUCUUGCUAUGUCCAGAGCCAUAGGUGAUCGAUAUUUGCGGCCAUGGAUUAUUCCAGUGCCUGAGAUCACUUUCACAACAAGGUGUGAUGAGGAUGAAUGUUUGAUUUUGGCAAGUGAUGGGCUUUGGGAUGUCAUGUCAAAUGAUGAAGUUGGAGAGGUGGCUCGCCGCCUUCUAAGACGGCGGCGAAGGUUAAUGAUGGCUGAUGAGACUCCUGCACAAUCUGUUGCUGAUAAUCUCACUGAAAUAGCAUACGGGAGAAAUAGCUCAGACAACAUAUCUAUCAUUGUUGUUGAUCUGAAAUCAAAGAGAAAGCGUCAGCAAAGGCAAUGAAAAGGGUGCAGAACCAUUCUCUCUCCCCAAGAUCCAAUUAUUUCUCACCUUCUGAGUCUGGAGGUGAGAAGACAGGAAUGAUCUAGUGCUGUUCCAACAUUUCUAUAGAUGAAUGGUCCUGACAUGACUCAGUCAGUUUUUAGCAGCCUUCAGCUACUAUUUCUGACCUUUACAGAGCUGAAUGGCAGUAGACUGCUGCUCUAUAACAACAAGAUCAAUUUGUUACUACUAGACACUAGAUCAAUCCUCAAUUUUAAUUGGUUUGGUCAAGGAAAAAAUAAAGGUAAACCAUUGUCUGUUCCAUUAGAUUUCUGUGAAAAUGAAGAAAGAAAGAAAAGAAAAGAAAAUAGCACAGAAGCUUUUUCUUUUGAGCUCUAAUUUUUCACUUGUGUCUUCCCUUUCCCCACCUUGCUUCAUCCUUGAUGUGAGGGAAGAGAAAGAACUAUGCAAACCACAAGCAUUUUGGAUCAUGAGUGCAUACUACUGGACAUUUUUUCUACUCAUCUUGUUUCUUAAUGCAGUGUUAAAUUUCCUGGUUAA